AGCUGUGAGGGGAGCAGAGCGAACAGCCGGGGAGAGAAGCACAGGGACAAAGACGCGCUGCUCCUCAGCUCAUCCUCUCCAGCAGGUUGGAAAAGGGCGCACUGCUCGUUCUUUGUCGGUCAAAAUCCGUGGCAUCAUGCUGCACCCAGUUGCCCUUUACUGCGCUCUGUUCGCCGUGCUGUUCGCGCUGUGCAACGCCCAGUCAGACUCUGGCACCCCUGGGAUCCAGCUACGUCUCGCCGGGGAGAAGCGGAAACACUAUGAGGGCCGCGUGGAGGUUUUCUACAAUGGAGAGUGGGGGACGGUGUGUGAUGAUGACUUCUCCAUCUAUGCCGCCCAAGUGGUGUGUAGAGAGCUUGGCUUCUUGGACGCAGAGGCCUGGUUGCCUUCCGCCAAGUACGGAAAAGGAGAAGGCCGCAUCUGGCUAGACAACGUGCACUGCACUGGUGGAGAGAAGAGUCUGGCUCAGUGUGAGUCCAACGGCCUCGGAGUGUCUGACUGCAAACAUUCAGAAGAUGUCGGGGUGGUGUGUAACCAGAAGCGCAUUCCAGGCUACAAGUUCAUCCGGAACCAGGCCAAUAGUGAGGAGAGUGUGACAGUGCAGGUGGAGGAUGUGAGGAUCAGGGCCACGUAUUCUCACAGGAAAAGGAUUCCCGUCACCGAGGGGUUUUUGGAGGUGAAAGACGGCGGCAAGUGGCGACAGAUCUGUAACGAAGAGUGGACGCCGAUGAACAGCAGGGUCAUCUGUGGCAUGUACGGCUUCCCUGUUGAGAAACGCUUCAAUCACCGACCCUACAAAUUGCUGGCCAACCGUCGUAAGAAGAACUACUGGGGUUAUUCGGUCAACUGCACAGGCAACGAGUCCAACUUGUCCGACUGUAAACUGGGCAGGGAGAUAGAGCUGAAGGGCAACAGCACCUGUGAACAGGGCAUGCCUGUCGUGGUCAGCUGUGUGCCUGGACGUGCCUUCGCUCCCAGCGUCAGCAUCGGCUUCAGGAAGGCCUACAGGGUGGAGCAACCCCUGGUGCGUCUAAGAGGCGGAGCCAUGAUCGGCGAGGGGCGAGUGGAGGUGUUGAAGAACGGCGAGUGGGGAACAGUGUGUGACGACAACUGGAACAACCGAGCUGCCACCGUGGUGUGUCGAGAGCUCGGAUUUGGAAGCGCCAAAGAAGCCCUGACUGGUGCCCGGAUGGGACAAGGGAUCGGCCCGGUCCACAUGAAUGAGGUGGAGUGCUCUGGGUUUGAAAAGUCGCUGACUGAGUGCCACUUCAACCGCGAGUCGGUGGGCUGCAGCCACGAGGAAGACGCAGCUGUCAGGUGUAAUGUUCCUGCCAUGGGCUUCCAGAAGAGACUUCGGUUAAAUGGUGGCCGUAACCCCUAUGAGGGUCGUGUGGAGGUCCUGGCAGAGAAGAAUGGCUCUCUGGUGUGGGGCACAGUGUGCAGUGACAGCUGGGGGACCAUGGAGGCCAUGGUGGUGUGCAGGCAGCUGGGCUUGGGCUUUGCAAGCCACGCUUUCCAGGAAACAUGGUACUGGGAAGGAGACUCCUCGGCUGAUGCAGUGGUGAUGAGUGGAGUGAGAUGUUCAGGAACUGAGCUGACUCUGGAUCAGUGUCUGCAUCAUGGGAAACACGUCCACUGUCCCAAAGGAGGUGGACGCUUGGCUGCCGGGGUCUCGUGUACUCUGACGGCCCCUGACCUGGUUCUCAGCGCGCAGGCUGUGGAGCAGACCACAUACCUGGAGGACAGGCCCAUGUACGCUCUGCAGUGUGCCCAUGAGGAGCACUGUCUCUCCAGCAGCGCUGACAACGCCGACUCCAGCUCCUACCGCCGCCUCCUCCGCUUCUCCUCCCAGAUCCACAACAACGGCCUGUCAGACUUCAGGCCGCGGGCCGCUCACCAUUCCUGGAUUUGGCAUGAAUGUCACAGACAUUACCAUAGUAUGGAGGUUUUCACCCACUAUGACCUGCUGAGUCUGAACGGCACUAAAGUGGCACAGGGACACAAAGCCAGCUUCUGUCUCGAGGACACGCAUUGUGACGAGGGUAUCCAGAAGAGGUACGAAUGUGCAAACUUCGGUGCACAAGGAAUCACAGUUGGCUGCUGGGAUACCUAUAGACAUGAUAUAGAUUGUCAGUGGGUCGACAUCACGGAUGUGAAGCCCGGCGACUACAUCUUCCAGGUUGUGAUUAACCCCAACUACGAGGUUGCAGAGUCAGAUUACACCAACAACAUCAUGAAAUGCCGCUCUCGGUACGACGGACAAAGGAUAUGGAUGUACAACUGUCGUACAGGUGGCACACUGAGUUCAGAAACAGAAGAACUGUUCCCUGGAUUGUUCACCAACCAGAUUUCACACAGGUAGAAACCGAGAUGGACGACAAGGACGGACGGACGGACGGACAUUAGUGAAGCAAAUAUUAAUAAUUGACAACCACUAGAGGGGGCUGUGCAGCUUUGCUUCCUUGCAGAGGUGCUGAAUUAAUGUUGAGCUCAGGGCUCAACUGGUACAAAGGACAAUGACUAAAUGGGAAGAAAAAAAAAAGACCUGCUUGCUUACUAAAUGUAUAACCAGCUGUACAAAAAUGUUCUUAUCUCGUGUGUCUUGCCAAUCGUUGUUAGUGAGAUGUAGCUUUUGACCUGGUGCUUAAUGAGAGAGACAUCAGGGAGGAUUGCAGCCAAAUAAUUUAUUUUGAAUGAACUGUGCCAAACAGUUCAAGGCCAAAGUGUCCAGGAUUUGGGGAAAAGCCUCAAACGAAAAAACCCUUUAGACGAGACGUUGAGUUUGCUUGGGAUGGAUGAAAACAGUCUGCUGCUAAAUCUGGUGCUACAUGUGGUUUGAAAUCUUACACUAUAUGUUAGUUUUCUCUAAAACAGAUGAACUCAAACUGGUGUAUCAAUCACAUUAGCUUCUGCAAUAUUGGACUGUUAGAGGGCUUCACGAGAAACCAAAAAUAAGUGCAGUACAUGAUAGUUGUACUGUAUUGUACUCCAGAGCAAAAAGGCACAGUUUUACGGCAACAACACAGAUGACAAGACAAAUGACUCCUGUUUCCAAAAGAGCUGUAUUGAACUUUCUACAAAUAAUGACAACUUGUUACCACAACUGCAAUAUGGGCAAGUGAAAGUUGGAUUGUCAAGAGCCACUCUGCUGAAUACAGCAGAUUUAUUUAUGCCAACAGUCGCUUGGAUUUGUUUCAUGCAGUAUUUCUGACAAUGUGUGAAGAUUUACAGUCACAAAUAUAAGUCAUAGUUAAGCUGAGAGGGAAAGUGCUUUUUGCUUGUUCACCACAUACUUGAGUUCACUUUUGAAAAAUGUUUUAUUUAUUGUCUUUUUUUCCUUGGUUGUUACAGUAGACAUACAUUCUCACCUUCAUGAAAUGCACAUCCCCUCAGCUUAUUUUUCACUUUUGUUAAAUUAUUACCAUCAGGGACUAUGAUGACAUUGUGGAUGCACUGUAACAUCCACACACGUGUGUGAAAAUGACUUGUUGUAAAUGAUUCUUUUUUUAUGUAGAGAAUUCAAUGACCCCUCUUUUUAUAAGGGUACUUGUUAGUUGUUGCCUGACCGUUUUUAUUUUGUAUGCAUGAGUGAAUGUGGAAAAGCAUUAAAUCUUUUGAAAUAAAAGUGGUAAAAGCAGA